UAUUCUGCUUCGGUAAGUGAUGAUACAUAUCACAUUAGACUAGCUUGCUCGAGCAAACAUAUCUACGGACUCGAUCGAUCAAGACUUCUAGACAUCAGGCGUAUAUAUUGCUAGCUAAUUGAGUACUAAUUGAGCGAUUAUCCAAACUCAUUAUCUGUUCCGGUACUAACCUAAUUCCUUCUGUGAAAGUGGCUAGGCAGAACCCCAGACUUGAGCGUAUCUAUUCAUCUUAAUUCAUAAAUACGCGCAUCAUAACUAUAUGCACUGCCAGUUCUAUCAAAUACUUUUCAGAGAAAUCCCAAAUGAUGUGGCCUAGCUAGUGCCGGAUCGGAGAUUCUUCUCCGAAAUUAAUCUUUGCCGGCCUUGUCCAUACGUACCCCCUCACUCAACCACUUUUAUUUCAUUUACAUAUUAAACGCUAGCAAUCGAUGUUGAAGAAUAUCCUCGUUAAAGUUUUGAUCAUUUCUUAAUUAAAUAUUGUUAAUCUGUAGAGCUACAAACUUAAAUUGAUCGGUAUAUGAAAGCUACAUCAUAUCAAUCAAUUACUCUAUGGCAAUCCGUAUAUAGAUUUACCGCCAUGUGUCACCAAGCGAGUAUUGAGUAAUGGUUUCCAUAAAUUUUGUAUCAUUACUUUCUAUACAAGCAUUUCUUGUGUUACUGAUCAUCAUUUUCAUUGCUCAAGCACUUGAUCCACCUGACAAUGGUGAUAGCAACUUUUGUAACAACGACAGAGGAAACUACACCGAUAGUAGUGUCUACCAGACAAAUCUCAACGGCGUGCUCAUCAAUCUCAUCUCCAACAGAAACGGCACCGGGUUUUACAGUACCUCCAGACUCUCCGAUGACGAAGUAGUUUACGCCACCGGAGUUUGUAAAGCAGACGCGAAGGUGGAUGCUUGCGGCAAAUGCCUUAGCGACUCUACAUAUAUUCUCACCAGGUAUUGCCCUAACCAGAAGGAGGCACUUGGAUUGUUCGACAACUGCACUUUACGCUACUCAAAUCGCGCCCUGUACGGCGUCAUGGAAUCCGUGCCUGCUUUGACCUCUUAUAACCUACGGAACGUGUCAUCGUCGUUAGACGCAGUUGAUGAGUUCAAUCAACAGUUCAUUAUGCUGUUGGGGAGAUUGACGACUGAAGCCGCGGCCGGCGGUGAUGAACUCAAGUUUGCAUCUGGAAUUACAAAUGCUUCAAUGGUUAAUAAAACGAUAUAUGCACUCGCGCAGUGCACACCAGAUUUGACAGAGAAAGACUGCAAGAGUUGCUUGGAUACUAUUGUAAAAAAGAAAAUGUUAAAGGAAAGGUUCUAUUGGAGUAUUGGAGGGAGAGUUCGUACACCCAGUUGUAAUUUUAGAUUCGAGGUGUACCCUUUCCUAGAACCGCUGAAUGACCGGGCGGGCGGCGCGGCCCCUUUACCGUCAACAAAUACCUCAGAUCAGGGAUUAGUUGUUGCAGGAAAGAAGCAAACUAAAUUAUUUCGGACUAUCAUCGUUGUUGUUGUGACAAUUGCUGCUUCUCUAGCACUGAUUAUAUCCAUCUGCGUUUUCCUGAGAAUGAGGAAGACAAAGGCAAAGCUUGGAGGUUCCUCAGAUGAAAUUGGAAGUGUAGAAGCCUUGCAAUUCGACUUUGGCUCCAUUAAGGUUGCUACAAAUAAUUUCUCAGAUGAGAAUAAACUUGGACGAGGUGGAUUUGGUGUUGUUUACAAGGGUAGACUUUUCAGUAAAGAAUAUAUAGCAGUUAAAAGGCUAUCUAGUGAUUCAAAACAAGGAGAUGAAGAAUUCAAGAAUGAGGUACUGUUAGUGGCAAGUCUUCAGCACCGCAAUUUGGUUAAACUCAUAGGUUUCAGUCUGGAAGGAAAUGAAAGGCUUCUUGUUUAUGAGUAUCUCCCUAACUCAAGCCUAGACCAAUUUAUAUUCGAUCCAACCAAACGCUCCCAUUUUGAUUGGGAUAGUCGGUACAAAUGCAUGGUGGGAAUUGCCAGAGGACUUCUUUACCUUCAUGAAGAUUCUCGUCUUAGGAUUAUACAUCGUGAUCUCAAAGCUAGCAACAUUUUGCUAGAUGCAGAAAUGAAUCCGAAGAUUGCUGAUUUUGGCAUGGCAAAGUUGUUUAAGCUUGAUCAAAAACAAGGUGAAACCCAUCGAAUUGUAGGAACAUACGGAUAUAUGGCUCCAGAGUAUGCAAUGCGAGGACAAUUUUCUGUUAAAUCUGAUAUCUACAGCUUUGGCGUGCUACUUUUAGAAAUUAUAAGUGGACAAAAGAUCAAUUCUUCCCAUCAUGAAGAUGAAAAUGACGAGGAUCUUGUGAGCUCUGCGUGGAGAAAUUGGAGGGAAGGCACAACUUCAAAUUUAAUAGAUCCAACCUUGAUGCCUACAGUCUCAAGCACUACCAUAAUGAGAUGCAUUCACAUUGGAUUGCUAUGUUUGCAACAAAAUAUGGCUGAUAGGCCAACCAUGACUUCGGUUAUUCAAAUGCUUACAAGCGAAUCUCCAAGUCUCCCAAAACCAUCACAACCGACCCUGCCUUUUUGCGAUUAGUGGAUCUCAUAUAGCAGCGGUUAUGGCCUCAGAUGAUUCCAAGAAAUCAUCGCGAUCGUAUUCUUAUCAUCAGAAAGCAAGAAAUGAGGUUUCAUUUUCUAAAGGCAAAAUUGCUAAAAUAUACCCCUGGUUCAAAUUGUCAAUUUACACUCCGAAUUUGUAAAUGCGAAAAUUUGUCUUUUCAUCUUGGUAAAAACUGUCGAUUUGCACUCUCACCGUUAAAUUUAACAUUUUUCAUCUAAUUUGUGGUCACAUGUCAUGCACAUGAUUGCCAUUUUUGU